AAGAAAAGUUUUAUUUAUUUAUAGUUCACAAGUCACGGCAGUCACAUAGUGACUGCAAGGUUGCUAGUUUAUAUUAUUAAGAGAAUAAGCAAAAUUUUGUGGCCAGUAUAUUUAUAUGAUAAAAUAGGUUUUUAUGGUUAAAUUUGGAAUCUGAAAUAAAAAAAAUUCUUGUAAAAAAAAAAUUGAUUGAAAUUUUAAUAAUUCAAGGAUACACUUAAAUUAUUAUUUUACAAAUAAAUAAUUAAUGUAAAUAAAUUUCAGUUGGAGGAUCUGAUGAAGUGAGAAAACACUGGAAUAAUUUUCUCCAAGAUACUGAUGUCCUGAUUUUUAUGGUCGACGCAAGUGAUGCUAAUCAACUAUCUCAGGCUGUUUUGUCUCUCAAAGAAAUUUUAGGGGAUAGUAGGAUGGAUAAUGUACCUAUUUUAGUAAUUGCUAAUAAACAAGACGUUCCAGAUGCACUGAAAGCAGAUCAAAUAAAACGCGCGUUGGAUUUGCACAGUAUAUCACCUCACAAACACAAAGUCGAAGUGAUAACCUGCCAAACGAUGCCUAUUCCAGAUUCAGCGAAAAAACCUGGUACCUCUGAAUACUCCUAUUACCACCCAAGUAUGAUGAACGUCAGGAAGAAAAUAUUCUCCCUCGCCUCGGCGACUUAG